AUGAAUCUAUUCAAGUCCGCCUCCAACGCCGGUCGAGACCGACCUGGCCGGCCGCAACCGCGCUCCAACAUCCGCGGCAAGAUUAGUGGGCCGAUUCCCAUACCUGAUGACGAGUUCCCAUUGAGGACUUCUGACCCGCCUGUAGCCGAGGAGGCGGUACCGGAGCAUGUUGAACCAGCGGCUCCAGCCCUACGCGACUCUGGGGCCGAGUCGACGAACACAGGUUCCAAUGCCACUCGCGAGGAAAAGACUGACUCAAUUGCUCAAUCUGGGCCUAGCCAGGCCUCGAUGACAUCGAACCCCAUACAGCGGCGCACUAAUCGGUCUAGUGUCGUGAGAUACUCGCACCUCAGUGAAGCCACAGACAGUGCAUCGCCUUCGAGGAAGAAGUCAAGUUUUAGGUUGGCCAUCAGCAAACUUUUUGGGAAGCGUAACAGGAAACGGAACAGUCGUUCGCAAUCCGACUCUGAAGCCCAGCUACGCCCAUCUCACGAUCCCCAUCAUAGUAGCCCUGUUGCUCGGAAGCGAAGCUUGAGUGAUCCAGAAAGCGAACCAAAACGUUCGGCAUCUUUACCUAUCACGGAGUUCAAUAAGGCCCUGAGGUCGCAUUCUAUUGGUCCGGACGAUUAUAUUGCAAUUCACAGUGCCCGCAACUCCUUACAGUCGGAUUCGGCAUUUUUGAGGAGGAGAGCUGUGACAACUUCCGGUGGACCAAUCAGCUCUCGGCUACGCGAUGAUGGCAUGGACAUCCUGGGUCUAACCCCAAGACCGGCGAGCACUCAUGGUAAUGAUAUGGGUCAUGAGCAUGAUCCUGAGUCAAUUGGUCGUGCUGUUUCAGUCGAUAUAUUCCCGGCCCGGCGGAGAUCGAGGAGUCUGUCACAGCUGCAGGACGUCUCAGAAGAGCAUGGGCUUGUCCGGAAACGAAGUGAGGAAAUUCGGUAUUGGCGAGCGAGCAGUAUUGGGCUUUUGUCCCCAGAUCUAUCAGUGUCACAAAAUGAGGAUCCCGAGACAACCGAUGCAACUGAGCCAACUACGGAAACAAAUGAGGAGGUGGCCCAACCGAUCCGCACUCCACCGCAACCUUUUAACUUCGGUCCUCUUCAUACCAUGAAGAUCACGCAAGCCGCCAGCCUGGAGGAUCGCGUAGCCACCCUAGAAGUACAGAACCAGAAGCUUGAAAAGCUUGUUUCCCAACUCUUUCAUGUAGUAUCAGGUAUCGAUUCUGAGGCUCUCUCCCCUACGGCGCCAUUUGCCAGCCACCAUCGGACGAGUUCUACUGCUGUGCAAACCUCUAGUCAUCAUAAUUUGCCCCCCGAUGCUGGACCCAUUCCUUCCGGCUACAGUGUGUCAGAGCAGUCAAACGUAUCUUUUGAGGAUGAGCAAACCUUCAUUGGCUCUGUGCACCCUUCUACCAGAGAAGCCCCUCGACCCAUAUCAAAUGUUACGGUAAGAGGUGCAGCCAGUCUCGUGAGGGAUCCAUCUGGUGCAUUUACUCCAGAGUAUGCCAACACGCUACAGGUGAUGCUUGAUACUGAACGCGCCGCACGACAUGCACUGGAAUUACGCGUUACCAAAUUAUCUCAUACUAUUGACAUGAUGUCCCUGGCAAUGGACAAGCUUGGUGCCAAUCCGCCCGCACCCAUGAACAUAUCAGUUUUCGACCAUGAUGAUGAUGAUGAUGAUGAUGACGAUAUGGGCCCCCCCAGCGCGAGCAUAGAUGACGACUCGGAAGCGUUCAAAACCCCUCACGAAGAACAGCCAGUUCAUGAUUACGGCCUGUUCGGCGAUGACGUCCCAGAUGAAGCUGACGAUGGGUCCAGAAAGAGAGCGGCUAGGGCUAUUUCUUUGGGUCAGCUAACACUUGGCAAGCCCAGGCUUUCACCACAGCCCGGUGCUGGCGUUGAUUUAUGA